CAAAUCAAAUAAUGGUUUUUCGACGUCAAACAAAAUGCAAAACAGGACAUAUUCCAACAUAGCUCUCAUCAACAGCAUUAACUCCAUUCAUCACUCUGUAUCGAAACAAUGACGGCUAAUUCGAAGAAGUACGACAUUGUUCUUUUUGGUGUAACAGGGUUCACCGGUAAACGUAAGUCACUACACUCCGGAGAACAAUGACCGACGCACACCUCUUGGUACCGAGAAUCGGACCUAUCGUUACAGUACUAGAAAGAAGAAACGAUGUGUUGCUGAUCGGAGCGAAAGNUAUUUUGUCUUCGCUACCAUUCCUUCCUUGUUGGACUGUUCGUGCUCAUAAAGUUCUUGGUACGUCAUGUUUCUAAAAAUUGUAGUUGGGUUCGUGAUUCCGAGCUUGUCGAUGCCCGCCUUCUCGCAAGCAUCUUUUCCUCGAAAGGUUUGUGACACGUGGUACGAAUCACGGCAUUCGGUAUCAUCAUUGUCGUCCCACGCCAAAGAACUCUUUUGAGCCCGUUGACGRSUGACAUAUUUUUGACUGUCAUAGAAAAUGCUGCGACUGAAAUGUUUUUUCUAACACCAAUAUGUGACGAGRUCAUAGCAGAUGAAAUAUAUUAGUUACUUGGUUGAUACAAAUACUWCUAGUGAUGGAGAGAAACAUGGUCAGUACAUAUUGCUUCACGUACUACUAGAGGGUCAAAUGCCGAUGCAUUCCAAGUCGCACAGUUCUGUGCUGUGGURGCGAAUCCACGGRCAGCCAUCUUGGCACCUUGACGGAGGAGGUGUUUGUUUGUUGACAUGCCGAUAAUCAUAGUGAGCGAGAAUUGUUCUUCUAUGGGUARGUAUGAUAAUAAUAGAAGAGGAUCGUCGUUGUUGCUCUCGUAUCCAACAGGGCUGCAAGCGUCGAUUCAAAGAACCUGCUGUCGUUAAAGAAACAGUUCUGGUUUUGAUUUCUGUCGAAAACAAGUUUGUGAAUGUUGGGAAAGGACCUACGCUUCUCGAUGCUUCUAGAURGAAUCAAUGAGGCGAGCCGGUCGGAAAAAAUGUGAGCGUCAGAGAAACGCAGGCACUGACACACGAGAAGAUGAUGAUGGUGUAUCGCGUUGCGGAUUCUCGUGAAAGUCUCAAUUUUUUUAGCUUGAGCAGWACGGUAAUACKUAGUGUAYGGUAUGGUACUGUACGUACCCUACAGAAUAAAAAUAAAAAACUGCUGGUAGCGCGCACGACUGACCCGGAAAAGUGACAGAAAAGUUGUCACUGUCACCUCAAGAUUUGCGAACCAGGAUAACUUAGAGAGUGAGUCGAUUCCGGCGCACGAGAACUAGUAUUCUCGGACAACCGUACCGGACGGUAGGCUGCGCAAAGGAAGUUUCGUUCUGUAUCCGAAAGGCGCUCUUACCCGCUGGAGUAAAAAGGCACGCGUCGUCAUCUGAAGGUCCCAUCUUACUUCUACGACCUGUCCGGUGAAUUUGAUUGAUAUUAUGGAGGUCACAGGGUCAUCAAUCAAUCAAUCAAUCAAUCAGUCAGUCAGUCACCCAAUAACAUCAAGCUUGCGUUCAGGAAGAUUCGAAAGCUGUCAAUCAAACACGUAAUAUCAAUAUUGCGACGCGUCAUUGUUCCUGUGUCACUGUUACCGUGUCAAGCAAAGCAGACCGACUCUUUGUACCGAGAAAUACCUCUGUCCGCCUGUUCGUGUCCGUGUAGUGCGAUAUCACCACUACCGUCGCGAAGUUAUCAUCUUUUUUCAARCAAAGCCGAGCAAAGAACUAARAUUCAUGGCGACCCGAGACGGCACGAAGGACGAAGCAAAUGCUGGCRUGGUUGCCGAGCCAAUGCCGGGGUACGAAAAAGACAACACAAUGGCCAUGUUCAUCAUGGCGGGAAUGGUGGUUUCUUCCGCAGGUUUCGCYAUGUACACAAGGCAGRCAGACUCUUUGCUAAAGCGAAUGGGACGUGCUAGUAAARUACAAGGACUCGGAAACAGUGCUUCUUACAAGGUGGCGAACCCCAAAUCGAAGCUUGUCUCGAAGAAGUCGUUAGAAACUAACAACAAACGAAAAACAUUCCACGAGAAAGAUGAUAUCUUUUGAAACACAAGAAUCGUAUUCGGGUCGUUGGCACAGUCAGUCGCGGGUCAUGCAGGAAAUCGAUAAAUUCGAAUUCUAUACCACACAACGAAUCGAGGAACAUUCGAUCCAAAAGAAAAAAGGAUGACGGAUGUGACACUGCWWUUAUAAAUUCGAGCAUCUUUGUGCUCCUAGAAGAGGGUCGUCUUUGUUAGGCAGCCAUUAAGCAAGCCUAACGCAAAGCAUAGCAAUUGAAAAUAGCAAAAAUUGGUAACAUGAUUGUUGAGUCUUCGUGAUGGAUUUUCAGUAUUCGAAGUACUCAUAGUCUUCCAUUGGUUCAAGCUCAGCUUCUAAAAAUGGCGAAAAUUCGAAAUGCUCAGGAAUCGAAAGCGAUAUCGACAUGGACAUGCUCAUUGCAGUGUCGAACACUGUAGGGACAUGGGAUCUGGUUGGUGAUUCGAUUGGUAGAAUUGGAGGUUUUGUUUGCAACGCAAUCGGGACAUUUGUUGGCGAUAGGAUAAUAGGCGYUGGUUUAUCUGUUGGUCGUUUCGAUGAUUGCUGCAUCGGUUUAAGGGUUGGUAUACAGGAUGGGCAUUUGGAAGCCUGGUCGGUUGGUUCUAYGGUAAUAUUUACAGAAGGAAUUUCUGUUGGAGGCAUACCUGUCGAGUUUACUGUCGGCGUUGGCGUAGAAGAAUCAGAUGGGUUUUUACUUGUGCCUCSAKAAGGUUCUUGAGAUGGCAGAGAUGAGGUUGUCAGUGCUUGGCAAUGUCCUAGUAUUGGGUCGCUUGAUUGGCCCUGUGUGGUUGAUUCGAAGCAGGGAAAGGCAGCACGUAUUUCAGUUUUUUUUUUUCCAUUCUGGUGUGAGACGAUUUUGAUGAACGAAGAACAAUUUCUCGAAAAAAAAAAAAUAUAUAUUUGGAAAAACU